GCCGUUGAGGAGCUACAUUGCGCGCCCAACACGACUGUCUCUGAAAUCCUCCGAAGUAUAUAUACAUUGUAUAUAUCCAGACAUUAAGGAGGAAGAUCAGCAUGGAGGCGCGGAAAGUAAGCGCAAGCCAGCUUUGCAGAGGGACAUGCCGCCUUAAUAAUGUCAAUAACACCCGUAAAAUUGCUUCCCCCUCUUCUCCCUCUGUCUCUUACUGGCCUCGUAUGAGUUGGAACAGAAACUGUUUUAGUUUGUCCCAGCAUUUCACAGGGCCUUUACCGAAUCGGAGGCUGGAGAAUACCUUAAAGGUAGUAAUUAGACAUCAAUCUACCCUAGAAGCAGAAGAGGAUAAAACAAGCAUGUCAUCUGUGAAAAAUUCCAACAAUCAAUUAAUUAUCGGUGAAAAGAGUAUUCUGUCAGGUGUUCCAGAAAAUGUAGUCUUUACUUGUGCCUCAGAAAUUGGCCUUGAGGAAAGUUUACUUGUUGGAGCUCUGUUUUCAGAGAGUAAGAGCCGCCAUGUCAUUCCUCUGGGGACUCUCAAGGAUGUUCGAUUUCUCUCUUGUUUCCGCUUCAAGUUAUGGUGGAUGACACAAAAAUUUGGGGAUUGUGGAAGGGAAAUUCAACCCGAAACUCAAUUUUUGCUGUUGGAAACCAAGACUGGAUGCUCUUCAAACCAGGACAUGCAUUGGAGAUCACGUGAGCAAAUGGUCUACACAGUAUUCCUGCCUUUAGUGGAGGGUGUGUUUAGGGCAUGUUUGCAAGGAAAUGAAAAAGAUGAGAUGGAACUAUGCUUGGAAAGUGGAGAUCCUGACAUUACCGAAUCAUCUUUCACACAUUCUCUGUUGGUUCAUGCUGGGAAAGACCCAUAUAAAGUAAUUACAGAGGCUGUUAGGGCUGUGGAGCUUCACUUGCAGUCAUUCCGUCACAGAGAUGAGAAGAAGAUGCCAGGAAUCAUUGAUUGGUUUGGAUGGUGUACCUGGGAUGCAUUUUACACUGACGUCUCUGCCAGAGGAGUAGAAGACGGAUUAAAGAGUCUGUCAGAAGGAGGAACACCACCACGUUUUGUUAUAAUUGAUGAUGGUUGGCAAUCUGUUGGUACUGACAAAAAAGAAGAAGAUGCUCCUGAUAAAGAGGCAUUGAGGCGCUUAACUCACAUCAAAGAGAACUACAAAUUUGGAAACAAUGGGAAAGCGGGUGAAGAGCAAGAAGAUCCAGCCCUUGGCAUUCAACAUCUGGUUGAAAUAGCUAAAAAGAAGCACAAUCUAAAAUAUGUGUAUGUGUGGCACGCAAUCACAGGCUAUUGGGGAGGAGUUAAGCCUGGUGUUUAUGGAAUGGAACAAUAUGAAUCUACUAUCAAAUACCCCGUACAUUCUCCAGGUGUCUUGAACAAUGAACCUGGAAUGGACUCAGAUGUUCUUACCAUGCAUGGAAUUGGUUUGGUAAAUCCUGCAAAGGUUUUUGAGUUCUAUAAUGAAUUGCACAGCUACCUAGCUGCUGCUGGAGUUGAUGGGGUCAAAGUUGAUGUUCAAUGCAUCCUUGAGACACUUGGAGCAGGCCUUGGUGGACGAGUAGCAUUAACUUCACAAUACCAUAAAGCAUUGGAUGCCUCUAUUGCUAGGAAUUUCGCAGACAAUGGGUGCAUUGCAUGCAUGAGCCACAACACGGAUGCACUUUAUUGUUCAAAGCAAACAGCAGUUGUAAGAGCCUCAGAUGAUUUCUUUCCAAGGGACCCUGUAACUCACACAAUCCACAUAGCUUCAGUUGCUUACAACAGCGUCUUCCUUGGGGAAUUCAUGCUACCAGAUUGGGAUAUGUUCCAUAGUGUUCAUCCUGCUGGAGAAUUCCAUGCCGCUGCAAGGGCAGUUGGUGGCUGCCCUGUGUAUGUUAGUGACAAGCCUGGUCAUCACAACUUUGAUUUAUUGAGGAAGCUUGUUCUCCCAGAUGGUUCUAUUUUGCGGGCACAAUUGCCUGGCCGGCCUACAUGUGAUUGUUUAUUUAAUGAUCCUACUCGUGAUGGAAAGAGUUUGUUAAAAAUUUGGAACAUAAACAAAUACACUGGAGUUUUAGGGGUAUUUAAUUGCCAAGGUGCUGCUUGGAGCCAUUUAGACAAGAAAAAUGUAUUCCAUGAUAAAAAACCCAAUGAGAUAUCUGGAUCUAUUCAUGCGCAUGACGUACACUUGUUGGAAGAGGUAGCUGAAAAUGACUGGAAUGGGAACUGUGUAGUGUAUUCUGACAAAGGUGAGCUUGUGCACCUUCCUAGGAAUGCUGCUUUACCAAUUACACUCAGAGUAUUGGAGCACGUAGUUUACACUGUAACGCCAAUAAAGAAUUUAACAGGAGGUGUCUCCUUUGCUCCGAUUGGUCUUAUUGACAUGUUCAAUUCUGGAGGUGCCAUCAACUCAUUAGACUAUAAAAUACACUAUCAAAACAUGCAGAAUGAGUUUAUGGAGACUCCUAAAGUGUUAGGAAUUCCAGUAAAACCUUCUGAAGACAGUGGCCAUGUACCAACAGCAACCAUCCAGAUGGCAAUCCGUGGAUGUGGGCGGUUUGGAGGCUAUUCAUCCAUCAAACCAAGGAAAUGCUUUGUGGACUCUUCACCAACUGAUUUUUCAUAUGAUUCUGUCUCUGGCCUUGUGAUGCUAAUUUUGGAAAAACCCAGGGAGCAACAGAUUUGGAAUGUGACAAUUGAAGUCUAAGUAGUCGCUGCAGUUAUCUAAUAUUCUUAGCAUAAUUCCUGCUUCCUGGAUUUAACAAUAUGGCAUAAUUGAUGGUCAAUGUAUCCCGUUUUGAGCAAAGCUAGCCAAUGGCAUGCAAAACUAAGUCCAGCUGAAAAAAAUUAUUUAGAAAAAAGGGGAUUCUGAAAAAUAAAAUACUCCAUCAGGGAAUUGUCAUGUUUUAAAAUGAAUGUCUCGUAAGAGAUCCGAUUUAACCAAAGAUUUUUUCUAUGA